UUUUUAACUUGCUCAGUUGAAAGUACGACAAUAAUUUAAUUGCCAUUUAGUCGUCAAUCCCAGUGCAUUAAUAUCCUUUCGUUUGGUGUGUGUGACAAGAAAUUUGUCAAUCAAAUAAUAAUAAUAACAAUAGCAAUAAUAUAUUUUAAAGAAAAAAAUUAAAUAUAAAAUUUUAAGGUAAAACAAAUAACGUCUGGCUCGAGUUGAGUUAUCAGACUGCCAUUGACAAUAAACAUAACUUGUUCGAUGUCGAUUAAUAACAUUGAACUGAUGUAGAAAACAUCAUGUCUAUCAUUGAGAUAAAAUUUUCAAAAUUCGACAAUACACCAUGGGGCUUUCGACUGGCGGGUGGAAGUGAUUUUCCUCAACCAUUGACGGUUAUUAAAAUAAUUGAAGGAAGUCUUGCGGAAUGUAUGGGACUAAAACCUGGUGAUGUUGUCGUUAGACUCAAUGAUGUUGCUGUUAGUGGUAUGACCCAUGGUCAGGCUCAUGAAGCGCUCAAGAUAGCUGGAAAUAAUUUCAGCUUGUCGGUGCACAGAACGCAAGAAGCACAACAGGCUGUUGAUGCAAUCCAAGAGGAUAACAUUGUUCCUUACACGAUUCCUUUGGAAGAAUUAAAGCCAAUAACUCCUGAGAGUGAUUCAAGUGACGAGAGUUUUUCGGAUUCUGAUGAGGAGGAACAGGACGAAGAAGAGAAACAAGAAAAAAAAGAAUUAUCACCAAAAUUAAAUGAAAAAGAACCAACACCAGUUAAUGAUAACGGUGAUGUUAAAUCAAAUAAAGAAAUAACUGACGAAGAAAUUGCACAAUUAAUUCUUGAAGAAGAAGAAUUAUUACCUGCUGGUGAACAAGGAGUUCUUGGUGUUAAUUUUAAAAAAUUAAGACCACGUUUACCUGGAUUAAAAGAAUCAAAAGUUUUAGAAGAAUUACAAAAAUUAGCUGUUGAAGAAGCACCAAAAAUUCAAGAAUUAAAACGUACAUCAACAUUUUUACAAAAACCAGAAAGACCAAUACCAAAAAGUAAAGAAGAUAAUAAACAAGCAAACGAUUAUACUGGUGGAUAUAAAGUUAUUAUUAAAAAACAACCAAAAAAAACAGUUACAGAAAGAUUAUUAGCAAGUGGUCGUUUAGAGCCAUUAAAAACACCAGAACCAACAAUGAAUACACCAUCAAUAACACCAGAACCAACACAAUGCUCAAGACCAGAAUCAGCAGCAUCAAGAGUCUAUGAAAUACCAAUUGAAGUUGAAGGACGUGAAUCAAAAGCAUCAACAAUCAAAGACAAUGAUAACAAUAAAAUUGAUGAUAAUGAAUUAAAAAACAAUGAAAAUAUUGAUAGUAAAGAAAGAUCACCAACACCAUGUAAUGAUGAUAAUAAUAAUAAUAGUGAAAAUGAAAAUGAUGCUGUUCAAAUAGCAGAACCACCAAAGCCAAUAUUUGAUAAAGAAAAAGUUAAAGAACUUAUUACAGCUGAAAUAAGUCUUGAAAAACAAUUGGAAAGUGUACAAAAUCAAUUAUUAGCAUUGAAACAAUUACCAAGUGAAAUUGAAAAUCAUUUAAGAAUAGUAUCUGAACAAUUAUAUAAAAUAAUGGAAUUAAGUGGUGUACAAAAUGGUAGCCAGUCUAGUUCACGUCGUGGUUCUUCAGAUGAUGAAAAAAAACAACAAGAUUCUGAGAUUAAAAAAAAUGAUAAUGAUCAGCCAGAAUCAUCUGAUAGUAAUAAUAAUAAUGAUGAUGAUGAUGAUGAAAAAAAUGAUAAUCACAGUGAAAAAUCAGAUAAUGAAAAUAGAUCUUCACCUGCAACGGUAACAAGUGAACCACCAAUUAUUAUUGAGCCUGAAAUGGAACAAGUUGGACCACCAGAGACCAAUGAACUUGAAGUUACAAUCACUGAUGAGGAUCAUCAUGUUAAAAAAUGUGUUGCAUCGUAUGAAACAAAACUCUUUAGAUCACGUGAACCAAGUCCUGCACCAUCUCAUGGAAGUUAUGAGGUGGAUCCAAAUCUCCCAGCAAAAGAUCAAAUUAUACAAGAAUUGAAGCACAGAGCAGGAGGAAGAAAGCGUUCAAAAGAACUUUGGCCCCAGGCUAAGCAGCUGGAACUAACUUAUGGACGAAGAUGGAGGUGUCCAAAUGAUUUUUUCAAUGAUGAGAUGAUAGCUGAGGUAUUGUCAGGACAAGCAGAAGUCAUUCGUGGUCGAGCACUUGGUGUUAAUUUUAAAAAAUAUGAAAAAGCAUGGCUACCAAAUUACGAUCAUUUAAUGAGCUCAAGUGUUUACAAGAUGCUUCAUAAAAUGGAACGUGAACCUAAAACUGGAAUUCCAGCACGUCCAUCAAAAGUACUUGCUGCUGAAGAUGUAAUUGAAAGUGCUAAAUCACCGGUAUUUUGAAGAUUCAACAAAAAAAAAAAUCAACAAAAAAGCCACACAUCAUCAAAUAUAAAAUCUAAUAAACUAAUUUGAGCAGAAAAAAAAAAAAAAAAAAAAUCGUCACAG